GACCUGCAUCAUUGUCUCAGUAUGGCGAGUGAACCUGUCCAAGACCCAGUGACUGCAGGGGCUCCUGUAGCUGAUCCCAUAGUGGCGCCAAUGGAAGUGGGCGACGACGAGGACAAUGACUCUGCUUACGACCCAGAAGAUGGCAAUGCCAGUGACACGACUUCUUUGUCGUCAAGUGUCUCCAAAUACAGAUUCGAAAACGGACGACGUUAUCAUGGAUAUAAAGACGGACUAUACAUGCAACCCAACGAUGAACAACAACUCAGCGUUCAGGACAUGGGCCACCACAUGAUGCUUAUUCUGCUUGAGAAUGAACUGCACCUUGCUCCAAUAUCUGAAAACCCGCAAAGAAUCCUAGAUGUUGGAACUGGAACAGGUAUCUGGGCGAUAGACAUGGCCGAUCAGCAUAAAUCCGCUCAAGUCGUUGGUACAGACCUCUCUCCUGUACAGCCAGCCUUCGUUCCACCCAAUUGCAAAUUCGAAAUCGACGAUGCUUCUGUCUUGUGGACUUUUACUCCUGGGAGUAUGGACUUUGUGUUCUUUAGAUUUAUGCUAGGUUCGUUCUCGGACUGGACCGAGGUUUAUCGUGAAGCAUUCAAGACAAUCAAACCAGGUGGAUGGAUCGAACAUCACGAAGUUGCUCCAGAUCCCAAAUCUGAGGAUGGCACCGUAACACCUGGGUCUCCUUUCCACAGAUGGGGAGAUCUCAUCUUCGAAGCUGGUGACAAACUUGGCAAGACAUACAGAACGGCUUACAACACCGAAGCAUGGAUUGAAGAAGCGGGGUUCAUCAACGUUGUAGAAAAGAAAUAUAAGAUGCCCAUUGGCAGGUGGCCUGCUGAUGCAAAGCUGAAGGAGAUUGGAAUGUGGUUCCGAGCCUACUUCGAGGAUGGAAUGGAGGGCUAUGCUAUGGCCUUAUUGACUCGAGUCUUAGAGUGGGAUUUCAUCGAAGCCCAGGCUUUCUUUGGCCAGCUAAGAGCUGCUUUCAAGGACAAGAAGACCCAUGCUUACUGCAAUCUAACCGUUGUCUAUGGACAGAAGCCACUAGCUACGUAGAGUUAUAUGCUUGGAAGCGGUGUUCGAGAACCCUCAACUGCGGCGCUGUCAAGGAUGCUUUCUUGUAAGGUUUGCUGGAUUCCGGAUAGGUCAGUAUCUGCGGUAGCAAGAGAAAUCGCGGUCGAGAUAGCAAUCAUGAACAAAGACAAAGUUAUAAUGGUAGAGCGUUGACCUUAAUUCUACUUAAGCUUGCAGCUCCGACAAUUGAAAGAAAUGAUUAUGAUCUAAGAGAAUUACCUC